ACGAUUUGGAAAUGGCUGUGCAAUUUGUGUCAUCAAAAUGGGUAGGCUUUGUUUGUGCCAUCUGGGUUCAGGUCGUUGCUGGCAACAACUACACCUUUUCCAACUACUCCAACGCCCUCAAAUCUCUCAUGUUUCUUUCCCAGCUUCAGCUCAACAACCUCUCCGUCGCCAAAGAUGUCGGCAAGGCUUUCGGCCUCCUCGCCGGCCUCGCCUCCGACCGUCUUCCCACCUCUCUUAUACUCCUCAUAGGUGGCGUCGAAGGUCUCAUCGGUUAUGGCGUUCAAUGGCUUGUCGUUAGCCAGAGAAUUCAACCCCUCCCCUAUUGGCAGAUGUGUGUGUUUCUGUGCAUGGGAGGGAACAGCACGACAUGGAUGAACACUGCAGUGUUAGUGACUUGCAUGAGGAAUUUCAAGAAUAACCAAGGCCCAGUUUCUGGGAUUUUGAAGGGAUAUUUGGGUCUCAGCACUGCCAUAUUCACAGAUCUCUGCACUGCCCUGUUCUCCUCUGAUCCUUCUGCUUUCUUGCUCACUUUAGCCAUCGUCCCCGCCGUCGUCUGCCUCAUCGCCGCCUUUUUCCUCCGCGAAACGCCGUCCACGGCCGCGGAGGAACGGCAGCAAUCCCUGAUUUUCCAUUUCUUCAACGCCGUUGCCUUCGUAGUAGCUCUCUAUCUGUCUGUCUUUGAUCUUAGCGGCAGCCAUGGCCAAUUGGUUUCCUUGGUAUUCGCAAUAGGCCUAUUAGUCCUGCUAGUUACGCCAUUGUUUGUCCCUGUGUACUUCAUGGUAGCUAAAUCAGGGUCAAUUUCAGAUCCGGAAGGGCGAACAAAGGAGCCACUUUUGGUCAAAAACGAUGGCGGCGGCAAUGUUUCUGAGGUUAGACCCCGGCCGAUGAUCGGGGAAGAUCAUACGAUUGUUGAAGCGUUGUUGACGUUUGAUUUCUGGGUUUUGUUUGUGUCGUUUCUUUGCGGAGUGGGCACUGGCCUCUGCGUGUCAAACAACCUAGGACAGAUGGGCGCAGCUCUCGGGUAUUCCGAUGUCUCCAUCUUCAUUUCACUCACUAGCAUUUGGGGCUUCUUCGGUCGCAUCAUUUCCGGCAUGGCUUCCGAGCAUUACAUCGGGAAACUUGGGAUGCCAAGGCCAAUCUGGAAUGCAGUGUCGCAACUCCUGAUGAUCAUCGGCUACGUCGUAAUGGCCGUUGGAUUUUCCGGUUCUCUCUACAUAGGUUCCAUAUUGGUCGGAAUGUGUUACGGAGCUCGAAUCGCGGUCACGGUCCCGGUAGCAUCGGACUUGUUUGGUCUCAAAUGUUACGGUCUGUUAUACAACAUUCUCAUCCUCAAUCUCCCCCUGGGUUCUUUCCUGUUCUCCGGCCUCCUCGCCGGCUACUUGUACGACGCCCAGGCCGUCAGCUCCGGCGACGGAGGGAGCGUUUGCACGGGACCGCAUUGUUACCGGCUUGUGUUUGUGAUCAUGGCGGCCACCUGCGGGUUUGGGGUUGUGUUGGAUAUGGUGUUGGUGGUUAGGACGAGGAAAGUGUACAGAAAGAUGUUUGAGCGCAAGAAGUUCCAGGCGUUGCCUGCGCCGCCGCCUUCAAUCUCCUAUGUCAAGUGAUCGUUUUGAAAUUUGUUACAAUUAUUAAUUUCCGCCCACGUUAUAAAACAUUGUAAUCUGUACCGGGAAAGAACAUUGGUGGAACAAUUCGCUGUACAAUUGUAUAUAUAA